AUGCCGCUUACACAGCAAAUCCUCUCCUUGACUACUGCAUUUAAAAUUGCACUGCAAUGCACACAAACACUCAUUCGAUUCUUUCUUCUGUCUGCAGGUUUUUUGAGCACAGGAGACCAGGCAGCCAAGGGAAACUAUGGACUUCUUGAUCAAAUCCAGGCCCUGCGCUGGACAAGUGAAAACAUUGCUUUCUUUGGGGGUGACCCUUUACGCAUUACUGUUUUUGGGUCUGGGGCCGGGGCCUCGUGUGUCAACCUGCUGACUCUUUCCCAUUAUUCUGAAGGUAACCGUUGGAGCAAUUCAACCAAAGGUCUUUUCCAAAGGGCCAUAGCCCAAAGUGGCACAGCCUUGUCCAGCUGGGCUGUCAGCUUUCAACCGGCCAAGUAUGCCCGCAUGCUGGCCAAAAAGGUGGGGUGCAACCUCAAAGAUACAGUGGAGAUGGUGGAGUGCCUACAGAAAAAACACUACAAAGAACUAGUGGAGCAGGACAUCCAGCCUGCUCGCUACCACAUCGCCUUUGGACCCGUCAUUGAUGGUGAUGUCAUCCCCGACGAUCCUCAGAUCCUCAUGGAGCAAGGGGAGUUCCUCAACUAUGAUAUCAUGCUGGGUGUCAACCAAGGCGAGGGGCUGAAGUUUGUGGAACUCAUCGUAGACAACGAGAACGGAGUUCAAGCCAACGAUUUUGACUACGCCGUUUCAAGUUUUGUGGAUGAUUUAUACGGUUACCCCGAGGGGAAAGACAUCCUGCGAGAGACCAUUAAGUUUAUGUACACAGACUGGGCUGACCGCCACAAUCCAGAGACCAGAAGAAAGACCCUGCUGGCACUCUUCACGGAUCAUCAGUGGGUGGCACCAGCGGUGGCCACAGCAGACCUCCACUCCAGCUUUGGCUCUCCUACUUAUUUCUAUGCCUUCUACCAUCACUGCCAGACGGAACAGGUACCACCCUGGGCUGAUGCAGCACAUGGCGAUGAGAUCCCAUAUGUGUUUGGGCUGCCCAUGAUUGGUCCAACUGAGCUUUUCCCAUGCAACUUCUCCAAAAAUGAUGUAAUGCUUAGUGCAGUGGUAAUGACCUACUGGACCAACUUUGCCAAGACUGGUGACCCCAACCAGCCAGUUCCACAGGACACCAAGUUCAUCCACACCAAGCCUAACCGUUUCGAGGAGGUGGCCUGGACGCGUUACAACCAAAAGGACCAGCUAUACUUGCACAUCGGCUUGAAGCCCCGUGUCAAGGAACAUUACCGUGCCAAUAAGGUCAACUUAUGGUUGGAGCUGGUACCUCAUCUCCACAGCCUCAACGAGGUCACCCAGAUAAUUUCCACCACCACAAAGCUGCCUCCACCCGAGGUCACUCCCCGUACACCAAAGAAGAUCCCAGUCAACACCAAGAGGCCCUACCCUACUCCGUUUCCCACUGAAACACAGGAAAGCCACAACCAGAACCAGAAUCAGAACCAGAACCAACCCUUCCUAGAGAACCAGCGGGACUAUUCGACCGAACUGAGCGUCACCAUCGCUGUCGGUGCCUCGUUGCUCUUCCUCAACAUAUUGGCGUUCGCCGCACUCUACUACAAGAAGGAUAAGCGAAGGCACGAGGUCCACAGGCGUUGUAGCCCACAGAGGACCACAGCUAACGAGUUGCCCCAUACACAAGAGGAGGAGAUCAUGUCUCUACAAAUGAAACACAGCGACUUGGAGCGAACCUUGCACCAGCACGAGGUGACCAUGAGAACUGCCUGCCCGCCCGAUUACACGCUCGCCAUGCGCCGUUCACCGGACGACAUCCCUCUCAUGACGCCGAACACCAUCACUAUGAUACCCAACAGCAUGCCAGGCCUGACCUCCUUACACCCCUUCAACAGUUACUCCAGUGGACAGAAUAACACCCUGCCCCAUCCACACCCUCAUUCACACUCCACUACUAGAGUAUAGCCAAACACACACAAGUUCUCACACACAAACACGGACAUACACACACAUACACUCCCACAGAUGUGGAGUACAGGUGUGAUGGCGAAUGAAGGUUAUGGCACUGGGGUGAAAAAUAUCUUUACUCCCGGUGCUCAGAGGAACAGGGAAUAACAAUGCUGGUUUUUGUUCCUCGAGAGCAAGACUAUCGUUUUCUAUUAAAGGUGAAAAACAAUAAAAGUAAAAAAAAAAAAAGAAAAUAAAAACUAUUUCUGAUUUAAGGAAAAACAGAGAUGAUUUUUUACCCUUAUAUUGUGACAAAACCAGAACCAUUUACUGGGGACAACUAUCAGUCUGGGAUUCUUUGAGGAAUGGUUUGAUUUGGUUACCCAGAGAGGAAAUGACAGAAGCACAGAAGAGAUGAUGUGUGGGAGGCCCUUUGUAAACAAAAGGAAACAUAUUGUUUUCCCGGGGCGCUGGAUUGUAGAUUACCCUCUUCAGAGCAGACAAGGGAUGCUGCUUACCUAAUUUAGGCAUGUGUUCUCUUGGUGGAGAAUGUGGAAUACUACGGGAAAAAGACGAGAAUGAGAAAUCCUCAAGAACAUGCACAAUAGAGACAUUCACUGAAUGUCUUUGAAUCCUUUUUGUCAAUUUAUUUUUGGGGGAACAGUUUUAUUGUAUAGGACGUAUUUACAUAUCUAGAUAUGUACACAAAGCACCCAUGCUCUUUAAGCCCUUGCUGGGGGCAUUGAUACUGAGGAGUCUGCCUCAAGAGCGUAACGGGGAAUAUAUUGGCUUCCUGGCAGAUACAGCUUCAUCACACAAGUGCUGUCUAUACUGAAACUGGAGGACUCAAAGGGAGGCUGGAUAUUUUUAGCACGACGCGCAUGACAAUUUAUCUGCUUGGUGGCUGUUCUGCUGAUUUAGUCAUUAUAAAAAAAAAUAAAAAUACAUUUUCCUCCCCAUUUGGAUUCAAGGAAAUACUGCUCUGAUUGACUCACGGGAGGAAUUGGAAUAUGCUGACAUGUCUGAAGACAGUGAUGGGAACGGGUGAGGAUACACUAACUAGAUUGGGUUCACAAAUAGCUUGACUGAACCUGGUUAUAAGGACUAGUUUUGUACAUGUGUGUUGGUAAAACUUUUUAAUAGUGGUGAAUCACUUGUUGUUUGCGCUCCCAUGUGUGGGACAUUAAUGUACUUUUUGAUUUGCUCAUCGGUCUCAGUUAUAAUACAUUGCUUUAUUAUUUUUAAGUUCAUGUUCACUUCUUGCUAAUAGUCAAACCACCCUACCUUAGAAAAUUUCUUAUCUGUAAUGUUUGAUUCUCAUUUAUUUGUUUUCGGUACUUUAUGAGGCAGACCCCACGCAGCUUUGAACAACCAGUGACCAACGCAGUAUGACUUGGAGACUAUCGUUGGUGCAGAAUUUUUCGGUGAUUCUCCUGAACGAUCAUCAUGAAUGAAUCCGACACUGGAGACAGGAGGGCCCCUGAUGAAAGAGUGUAUUAGUGGGGGCUUCUGAAGUUAGAAUCCCUUGAUCAUACUGCUUAAAGCUAGCUAUCGAAAGAAAGAAUACAGAGAGACCAAUGGAGAAGUUGAAAGGGAAACUUUUGUCACUUCUUACACAGAGUACUAAAAGCAGGUUCACCUGCAAAUCUCUUAGUAAUUGCUGGUUUUAUCCAUCCUUGAUUAUUUUACUUUUCUCAAAGCCUUGUUACAUAACAUCCUACAUGCUAAUGAUCGAUGCCAGCGAAUCCCAGGCUAAAGACAGGAGGACCCCUGAUGAGACCUUCAUUACGGCCUUCUGAUCUUAAGAGGACAUUUAACCUAGCUAGACAAAUAGAAUUGAGAAACAAUUGGGUUUAAUUUUCUCAGAGCCGUGUUGCAUUACAUACUACAUGCUAAAGUCCUGGGAUGCUUACCCAUUGUUCCCUUUUUAUACAGUCACUAUAUAGUCACUUCAGGGCAUCAGUUCCUGUGGUUACAAUUUAGAUUUCUUGUAAAUCCUUUGUUUUUACUCCUAGGAAAUUUGAUUGAACGCGAACACCAGUGAAAGCGAAACUUCUACAUAAAUAUCCACAUUUUUUCCACCCAGCAUGUAACGUAUGAUUAUAGAAAAACAGCAAAAGAUUGGUGAUUUGGAUCUCUUAGAACAAACUCUCUUGGUGCAAACUUUCUUGGUCAACAACCCCAUGCUAAUUCUGUUUCCUAACCAGACAUGAUAAAGUAAAAGCUAUCUAUUGUCUUUACUGUAGUAGUGAAUUUUUCCUAGCCAGGGCAUUUUAACAUUUCCAAAAUCCUGGUCUUAAACAUCAAAUAGGUUUCAAUUGGCUUCGUUCACACAGAAUUGCUUUAGAGACAUUAGAAGCCAUUUAACUAGCAGUACAGCCUUCCACAUCUCAAGGUAAUUAAUUAACAGUUGGUGUGGAAAAACACUGAGGUCAAACACAGGCUUUUGGGAGUGAAUACUUGAGCCCUGGUGAAUACCUAGUGGCAAAGAACUAAUGAAGGAUGAGGGAAGCCAAGGAAGGGAACAAGAUUGAAAGAAUGAUGCUACCCUUCUCCUGAUCAGCCAACUCGUGACACACACUGUUCCCAACAACAUGUUCCUGAUCAGAACACAAUCUCCUGUGGGCUUUUCCUCUCUGCUCUGUCUUCACCUGUGACAACUCAGCACAGUACAAACAGGCCAGAGAGAGCGUCGCUGCUCUGUAUGCCAGUCCCCAUCUGCAGGUAUGCAUAUGCAAAGUCAGCCUGCCCAUGUGUCCCCCUGCAAAGGAAGCUCCUUUGAACAAUAUUAAAAUUUAAUGAACCAUACACCAGUGGGGCGCUAAGAGGAUUCAACUUGCGCAUGCACAUGUGUCAAGGAGAAAGAUGGGAUUCAUCUGUAUUUGCAAAGAUCUCCACAGCUCAGUAUGUUUCUUCACACAUAUGCACAUACACUUGCAUACACACAUGCCAGGACAAGCCUUGUAACUGAAUGUAAUGCAAGACUGAGGGCCAUUUUCUUACAAACAGCAACCAAAUUUCAUUAUGUGUUUAUUUUCUACUGGCUGACCUUGAAAGAAGAUCAAAAUGGCUGUUGGGAACUACAGAGGGUUGUUGUGAUGUAGAUUAUUUGUCAUUUUGUCUUUCUUUCUGGUUAAAUAGGAUUUAAUCUUCUGGAGCACAAUAAAUGAUUUUAUCAAGCUCAACUUACAUCAGUCUUUCUUUGCCACCAGUUUGCCAAAAGGGUUUUUAUGAUAUCCAGACUUUUGCCACUCCACAUGUCGACACGUCUUGGGUUCAUUUACUAAAAUGUGAUAACGGACGUGAGUACUUGGUGAAUGUGGUAACAAACCUCCAGUACUCCAGGGGGUGAUAGUUACUGUCAAAUGUAUCUGUUAUUAAACCAAGUGUGGUAUUAUUCAGGUAAAUUUCUAUAAACAAACCAACUUGCUUAGUAAUAUUCUCAUUAAGCAGUUGCUCUGCCAUCACAGUAGUUCACCUAAAAGGAGAAAUCUUUAAAUUAUGCAAACAUCCAUUUUGUAACUAAACAUCUAUGUAUAAAAGCUUGCAUGGUAUAAAGUGCCAUUUAUUUGCACACACCUUUUACUUUUUUUUUUACGUUUGACUUGCU